AUGUCUUCUUACUUGGAAGCAAAUUGGGAUGAUCUUACUCCUGUUCCGCAAGACGAUGGACCAGAACCACUCGCCCCGAUCUCUUAUGAGCCUGAAUACGUAAAGGCCAUGGACUAUUUUCGUGCGGUUGCUCUGAAAGACGAACGCAGCGAAAGAGCCUUGUCACUAACGGAAGCAAUUAUUAAACACAACCCGGCCCAUUAUACUGUUUGGCAUUAUCGUCAGCAAUUAUUAACAUCUUUGAAUAAAGAUUUAUAUGAAGAGCUAAAUUUUAUCACGGAUCAGGUGCAAAAUAAUCCAAAGAACUAUCAACUCUGGCAUCAUCGACAAAUUAUUAUCGAGAAGCUCGGUGAUAGCUCACGUGAAUUACCUUUCAUUGAAGAAGUAUUGAGUAAUGAUUCGAAAAAUUAUCAUGCUUGGACUUAUAGACAGUGGGUUAUUAAGACUUACAAUCUCUGGGAUGGUGAAUUAUCUUUUGUCGACAAAUUAUUGGAAGACGAUGUCCGAAAUAAUUCUGCCUGGAACCAGAGAUACUUUGUCAUCUUUUUUAACCCUACUAAACCCACCGAAGAAGUUCUUGCGCAAGAAAUUCAAUAUGCAAUAACAAAAAUCAUGCUGGCCCCUAAUAACAUUAGUCCAUGGAACUACGUCAAGGGAAUCAUAUCAAAGUCUAAUGAACAAGAUAUCAGCGUCUUGGAAGAAUUAUGUAAAGAUUUUGAGAAACAGGACAUCAUAUCUCCUCAUGCGCUUGGUUGUCUCGUUGAUAUAUACGAAAGUCGCGCAAAAGCUGGUUCGACGGAAGAUAAGGAAUUAGCAAUAAAGAAGAACAGCACGAUACCAUACGUCACAAAUAUUGGAACCACAGGAAGCAAAUUCUGUGCACCAUUUAAUAAAGAUAUUUAUUAUGAACGUGUUGGUUACUAA